AUGUUUAUUUUUUAAAUAAAAAGACUGAAAAAUAAAAUAAUUUUACAUCAGAAAUGAAGAGGAAAAAAUAAAAUUCAAGAAACAGAGUUAAAAACUGCAAUUUUUAAAACAAACGAAAAUUUUUCAACUAAUGCAGAAUUUUCCUAACAAUAUUUAACGAUGAAAAACUAUCAACUUUUAGAAAAUUUGCGAAAUGAGCACUGAAUAAUCUGUUCUGUACAUGAAAUGAAAUCAUACAAUUCAUGUUUUAUUAAUAAAAAACAGGUAAACUAUGUGGUAAAUAUCAGUGAAAUGCAAAUAAAAUCUGUCUUUACCAGUGCUCCAGCUGUUAAUAGAACAACUGACGAAGUGCCAUUUUGUUUUGAUUUAAUGCUGCCAAAACUGAUUGCAAAAUAAUUAUUGCCAUGUGCGUCAAUCAUUAGUUUAUGCAAUGUUAAACAAAAUGUGGUUCAUACACCACGUGAUGGGGAACAAUGAGUGACGUCAUAGCACCUAUUGUUGCAGACACAGAUGAACUGUCGUCGGGAGAUGCUCCAGGGGCUGGAUUGGCAGCUCUUGGUCAGCCACAAGAGGCCCCCAAUGGGGCCCUCACCGAGAAGGUGGAACUAUUGGACAGAGACCAGAAUGGAGGGGCUCCAGUCCGAAAGAUGCGAUCUGGAGCAUCCAGUGCCGGAUCUUCCACAAAGCCUUCAUUGUCCAGCAGGCUGGACAAUCUGAAAAUUUCCACCAUCCGGCAGCAUUAUUAUCCUGAAGGUGGUUGGGGUUGGGUCAUCUGUGCAUGUGCUUUUGCCAUCAACUUGCUGACAAAUGGAUUAUUGCUAUCUUAUGGUAUUCUUUACCAAGAAGUCAUCAAGGAAUUUGGAGAAGAAUACACCGAGCAAGCGAGUAAGUGA